AUGGGAAUGGGAAUUGGGCCUGUGCGAGGAGUGGCCGGGGUUGCCAUCUGCCGUCAGUGCGGGACUCGAACGCGGGGCAGCGAGAUUGCCACGCGAGAACGCUACCACUGCGCCACGCAACACGGUGAGGACCCGGCGGACGGCAGCGCCCCCUGGUAUGGCGGCUUCAGCUGGUUCUUCAGCAAGGCCUCUGAUGGCGCUGGUGGCGAUGAUGAGCCAGGAGGCGGCUGCGUGGCGGCGCGGCGGAAGAGCACUCCGCUGCGGGAGUUGAGUUGCGUGGCCCCCAGCGCGCCAGUGAGCACAGAACGAUGGUGUCGACUCAGGGGGAACCUGCUCUUCUACUUCAAGUCGAGGGACCACUGGUCAGAACCCGCGGGGGUCAUCGUCCUCGAGAACUGCCAGGUCACACUCGACCAGCCCCAGGAUAACCUCUUCGCUUUUAAUUUGGUGUUCGAGGGAGGCACUCAGCACUGCGCAGCGUUGUGUGAGAGUGAGCGAGAUGCCUGGAUCACCGCCAUCCACCAGGCUUCCUUCGCGUACAUGAGGCUGCAGGUUGAGGCUCUCCAGCAACAGGUGUCGUCGAAGCAGUCCUCGUUGCCCACAGAUAUCCACCGGCACCGUCUCAGCACAGGAGUUACUCUAGGUGUGCACAGUACGCAGUCUUCUCCUGUAGAUGUGAAUGAGCCGCCCUUUUUGGAGAUCUCAGUCUCGUGUGACAACUUAAGGUGUGACGGCGAUGGGCAGCCCCCGUCGCCGAGGGUCACGGUGCAGGUUCUGAAUGCCCCACAGAAGAGCUGGCUGCAGUAUGCGCAGACGGAGGUUAUUGAGAGAACGAGCAAUCCAAAUUUCCUGUCGACCGUGAGCUUCCGCAAAACAGAUGGCCUGGACACCACCACACAAGUGAGACUGGCUGUCUAUGAUGUCAGGGAGAGAGUCACCAACACAAGCACGCAGCUGGGACAGGCCACUGUGAGUCUUGGAGAACUCCGUGAGACAGGCCGAUCUCGCCUGAGCCUCCAGUCACCUCUAGGGCGUAAUGUGGGUUUCAUCACCAUCACUGCCUGGACCCUUGAAGCGGAGUCUGUUGACCCCAACUCCCACACGCCCAGUAAUGCCACUCCACACCACCAGCCUGCCCCCUUACCUGUGGUGGCAUGCCACCGUCGGACCCAGUCUCUUCCUCCACGCCUGAGCUCCAAGACACGGCACCCGACACAAGGCCACCUUAGCCUGCUCUACGACAACCCCUCAAUGGCCACCUUCCGUUUCCACUCGGGCCUUGGGGGAGACAUCGCUGUGCUGGAAGUCAUGGCUGAGAGCAGAUACUGCUUCACAUUCCCGCAGCAGUUGCUGCGGCUGUGGAUAUCAGAAGAGCGCCGGUGGCAGGAGGAGCUGUCAUCGUUGGGCGACCUCUCCGACCAGUGGCACACCAGGCAGAUGGCACUUCUCAACCAACACGUCACACUCAUCAACAUCUACAACAUGGCCCUAGACACCCUCGAUGUAGCGGCACAUUCUGGUUCAAGCUUUAAGAAGAGUAGCAGCAAAUAUGAGUCAUCGAUUGAAAUGGCACCUGUCAACCUCCACCUCCAGAGGCUAUGGGCGCAGAACGAGUCCCUGCGCCGCUCAGGAUUCUAUGAUGUCAUUACCGUUGGGGUCUUCAGUGCCCACUCUCAUGGAUACAAGAAUGGAGGUUUAGUCAAUAUGCUCCAGAAAGCCAAAAGCUCCCGCAGGACCCCAGGAGGUGGAGACAAGGCAUGGGCAAGCGAGGCGGCAGUAGAAGGCGUGAAGAAGUUGCGGCAGGACGUGACGACACUCCUGCGCUCUAUGCUUGUAUGUCUGCGGCAGGAGGACACUGUCACCCUCACCAAGGUCUUGCCGUUGCUGCAGGAGAAGACCCGGUCUCUGCUGAAUGUGAUUGAGCCAUCAUUGGUGGAGGAGGCAUUUGAGUUCCUGGACCAGAUCCGCGUCCCUCAGAACCCAUCUCGUAUCUUGACCCUGGCCACGCGCUGCUAUUCCUCACAGAACAUUGCAGGCUACCUCAGCCCAGAGACAGCCCUGGACAUAGAGCUGAUGACCCCAGAUGUCCCUACAGUGCCCACAGGGAACAGAAAAGAAUGUUUGAUUAGUGAGGCAGCCAAAGGCCAAGGGCUAGUCAUCACAGCCAAAGAGGUGGACAUCAUGGACAGCCACGAGAAUAGUGUGUACAGGCCCACCGAUGAGCCAGAGCCAUGGGACCUGAUCCAGUUGAAUGUACAAGCAAGCGUGAUGUGCCUAACCAGCAAGAUCAAGAGUUUCUGUGGGCGGAAGGCGACUGCUAGUGGUCCGAAGGACUUGUGUCAGGAUGGGGGUGAUGGGCAGCAGGUGGGGCAAGGCAGGGACAGUGAGGUGAAGCAGAAGGAGGCUGGAGCAAAUAACACACCUUCUGAGAAAUCCAGUCCGAGCAAGAGCCGACUCAAAGUAAGUGAAUCACAGAACAUCAGCUCAAACCCACAAUCGACUGCCCAGAGCCAGGCUGUCAUUUCAUCGUCAGUUGGGUCAGACUCUAGCCAGGCAUCAGGGAGGUCUUCAAGUGUUGGUGCCUCCAGGACAAAUGAGAGCCAGCGCUCCUCCUGCUCAGCGACACCAGAUGUGUCACCAUGUGAGGAGGACAGUGGCAUUGGGCUGGAGCGUGUGACGAGUGAAGUGGAGAGGACAGACUGCAUUAGUGAAGGUGGUCUUUCAGUGGAGGAAGACCGGCGGGAGGAUCUCCUGCCCUUGGACAAAAUUGAGGUCCGGCGGCCAGAGAGAGAUGAGGCCAGUCAGAAUAUUGAGUCACGGUACUCGUGUGAUAUCACUAGUGUGAAAUCUGGGAAGUUGGAGUCAAUCAUGGAACAGAGUCUGGAGGACCUGGGUUCUUCUGGAGAUGUGGAGAUCAAAGGGGAGAGCAAGGAGAAGGAGGCUAGUACAAAUGAAGGACAAUCAGGGGACAAGCCAAGUGCCGGAAUCUCGGAACAUAUAGAGAAUGCUGGCACAAAAGAUACACUUGAUGUAAACAAACAAAAUGUACAUAACACUGGGAGAACGGGAAGCAGGGAGGAGAGCAAACAGGCCCCAGUAAUCAUCACCACAAAUGGCAAUCACACCAAAGAGAAUGACACAGACAAUCAAGAGGCUGUCGACUGGGUGGGAGAGGUACGGCCUAGCAUGAAGAAACUCCGGCAGGCAAUGGACGGCCUGAUGCGCACAGCACGCCUGGUUCACAGUGUAUUCCGUUUGCAGCAGACCCCAGAGGCGGCUCAGCAAGCACACAUGAUCAAAUACAGAAGAGACAUCUGCUUCUCGCAAGCGUUGACUUCUCUAGUGACGGGGUUGAUGACAAGGCUGUGGUGCAGAAAGGCCGAUCCACUUUUCAUCACUGUCCUCGCUCACCUUGGGCCGCUCGCAGAGUUUGAGUGCCUCGUGUCUUGCCAUGGGAAUGACUUGGUAAUGCUUAGUGACAUGGUGGUGGCAGUGGAGGAUAUUGGCGCUGUGGAGUUUGUGAUGGUCCCGUCAGGGGGCGCUCAGGGCAGCAACGGACGCACUCGAAGUGAAGGGGCAGCGCCUCCCCCCGCCACGUAUGAGCUGCCAACGCCUUGCAUCUCAGGAAACAGGUGUGGGCUCCGAGUCGUGCUCCCUGUCCCCGAGCACGUGCUGAGCCUCAUGCCAACGACCAACUCCCAGCAACCCAACGACCCCCCAACUUUCUGUGUCACGCCUGUACUCUUCAACAUUGGUAUUAACGAGAAGGCCACGUUGGCAGAGAAAUUAGGCACAGAUGGCCCUCAGACCAGGAACAACCAGGACAGCUUUGAACGGCUGUCACAGUACUAUCACCGUUUCAAGAAGCUUCCACUACCACAGGAGAACAGUAGAAGAGUUCCCUCGAUGGGCAGUGAUGUGCCCCUCGUGGACCUCAUAGAUAAACUGGGCUUGGAAGUGCAGUCGCAGCACAGCAAAAACCCUAAUGUACUAGUCUUAGCGGCACAGUGCUGUAGAGCCAUGGCAGGGCUUCGUUUUACCUCAUGCAAGAGCGGAAAGGACCGCACGGGAAUGAGUGUGACUCUCGAGCAAGCAAACAUUCUGGCAGCAGAGUAUGAUUUGUCCGAGACGGAGUUCCAGAGAGCGCUCAACUGUAUGAGGAGUGAGGGGACACGGCUGGAGAACUGCCAGAAGAACAUUGGGGCACGCAAGUACGCCUUCUCGACAGUACAGCUUAAGAUGUUCCCCCGCCAGUACCAGCCUCCUCCUGGGACGUACGGAUCAGCACAGACAUAGAGAAAGAGACGAAGAUGGUAGAAAUUUUGAUAAAGAAAGACAUUGGUUUGAUUCAACAGAAAGAAACUGAAAGAUCAAAACAGUUAGAGGAAGACUAAGUUGGUGUGUGAUUUCGUGAGAAACAGAUGACAAGUACAUUGAUUUUAGAUGUGGUGAAUAGAAGAAAAAAAAUUGAUGGAUGGAGACACAAGGCUGGCUCAUUUUGCUGAAUAUAGAGACGUACAGACAGAGAAACAGGGAGAGACUGAAUGUGAAUGGAGAGUGUAAUGGGAAAAGAAAAUAAAGUUCGAUAUCUUAUUUUUUUUUCAUGUGGACUUGUGGUAGGAAUUUUCUGGUCUUGAUCAAUUAUGGGAGUCUUGUGGAUUGAUUGAUUAGAUUUUUUUCCCCCUGGUCAUAGAUGAAACACUUGUUGUGGGAUAUAAGCUCAAUAGUAUAUAGAUAUAGAUAAUUUGUAGUUCAUUUUGGAAGUUAUAUUAGCUACUAUCUUUAUUAUUAUUAUUUUUAUUAAUAUGUUAACAUGAUAAUAAUUAUUAUUAUUACUAUUAUUAUUAUUGUCAUAGUUAUUGUUGUUGUUAUUAUUAUUAUUAUUAUUAUUAUUAUUAUUAAUGCUUAAUUUUUUCCCCUUUUUCUUUCUUGAAUUGGAAAGAACAAAAGCAAUUCAGGAGUUUUAUUUGUCUUUGGAUUUGCUCAUGAAUGCCAUUACUCACAUGAUGUUUGUCUGUAUAUGAAAAAAGAGAGAGAGAGAGAGAGAGAGAGAGAGAGAGAGAGAGAGAGAGAGAGAGAGAGAGAGAGAGAGAGAGAGAGAGAGAGAGAGAGAGAGAGAGAGAGAGAGAAAAUGAAAUUAUAUAUUCUUUUGUGAUAUACAGAUUGUUGAUACGUAGUUAUACCUAUAUGAAUGAAAAUAGAAUAUGUAGAAUUUGACAUUUAACGUUUCCGUUAGCAGUUUAGUUCCUGUGUUAUUGAUGAUUGAUAGAGGGAAAUAAGAACAUGGAUUAUGAUGAGAUUAUUUUCAAAUGCAUAUCUUUUUAUGAUUUAUUCUGAGUGUUGCUCCUUGGCAAAAGCGUUCAUGAUUUUCACUAUAAAAUCAGAUAAUGCAUAGAAUAUAUUUCUUAAAAUUUUCCCAUUCGUAGCUUUCCUCCCAGAUGCGUUGUUGGUGUGUGCAUGACUAUGUAUUUUUUAUUCUUGUAUUUUCUUUUUGGCCUUUUUUUUUUUUUUUUUUUUUUUUGUCUGAACAUUCCUUUUCUUGUGUGUAGGCAAAUGAUAUUUAAUUCAUGUAUACUUUAUGCCGAAUCCCUAGAUUUGAUGUUAGAUGUGUUGAAUUGGAAAAAUAUUUAUUUUUUACUCGGUGACAUAGGAUUUUUAGGCUAAGAUAAUAAAGAGGUGAAACAGCAGUGGGAAAGGGGCUCUGAUAGGAAAUGUUUUUAAUUAAUUAUUGUGAAGGUUGCCUGUAUAAGAGAGAAUAUACAACUUUUUUGGAUAAUGUACUGUUGCAUAUAAAUGGAGUGUACCUUGCAGUGUAUUGAUAGUUGUUAUGCAAGGACUGAUGUUAUAUGGUUUUGUCAUUAUUGUUAGGUUACCAUUAAUAUUAUUAUUGUUAUUAUUAUUUUUAUUUUUAUUUAUUUUUUUAUUGUUAUUAUUAUUACUUAUAUUAUCAUCAGGGUAGUUACAUGCUUUAUAUCUAUUUCAUAGAAGUAUAUGGACUGUAUGAGUGAAUGUUUGGGAAUUUAUAUAUGGACUUAUGAUCAUGAAAAUAGUGCCACAUUUUUAUGGGAAAUGAACUGUUCUGUGGAGAUUCACUGAGGGCUAAGGCAGGGAUUUUUUUUUUUUUUUCUUUUUUUCUCUUUUCUUUUAUUAUGUGUAUUGCAUCCCAUCACAAUAAAUGGAAAGAAAGAAUAACUAAGGAAAGGAAAUGACACAGUGACAGAGUUGCCGUAGGGGAAGACAUAACAAUCCUACGAGUCUUUUCAUUGUGCGAAAUUGCUCUCUCUUUUUACUCAUUGGCCAUUUGUAGGUGUCAUUCAUCCUCCUUUCUCAUUUGUGUUUCGGGUCUCCACUUCUUGCUGCGUUGUUAGGAUUUCCUUUUAUGUAUUUUUCUGCUUUAUUAUUAUUAUUAUUUUUUUUUCCCUGUGUUUUUUUUAUUUCCCUUUUUUUUUCUUCCUUCUUUCCCUUUUUUUCUUUCUUUCUUUUUCCUUUUUUUCCCCCCCGCCUUUUUUAUUUCCCUUUUUUUUUUUCUUCCUUCUUUCCCUUUUUUUCUUUCUUUCUUUUUCCUUUUUUUCCCCCCCGCCUCUCGUUUAUUUCAUUUUUGCUUUUCUCUCCUCAUUUUCCUCCAUUCAUUCAUUCUUUUUUCAUGUGCCAAGUUUAGUAUUGGGUUAUACUUAGACAUGCUUCUGUUGCAAGUUCAAACGAUUAGCAGAAACCCAGUUUGUUUCAUUUAUUUAUCUGUUUAUCAUUGUUUUUUGUCUAUGUAUUUAUUUUAUUUGUAUAUGUGUUAUUUAUUUUUUUUAUCCUUUAUUUUUUUUUUUUUUUGACAGUGCAGUUAAUGACAAGUACUUAGGAUUUUAGCCAUUCGAUGUUGUCAUCUUCUCAUAGGCCAAUUAAUAAGGUAAUGAUUAGUGGAAGGCAAUGUAUUCUACCUUUAUAAUUAUAAAUGGAAUCUAAUGCAUAGUGUCAUUAGUUUAAUUAGGAAUUUUUUAAAAAUAGCAAAUUGAAGAGUUGGGGGGGUUAAUACGCUCAUGUGAUAAAUAUUUGUGCCAUCGUUCAUUUCCAAGGCCCGGAAGUGGAGGCUACCUGUCUGAAAAUUUACGUGAGGUGGUUGUGUGACGGGAGCUUACAUCUUUUACGUACUUAAGGACUGCAGGCGCGAAAUAAACAUUCAAGGGGAUUGUUAAAUGGAUUGUUGCCUAAAGGUCGGGUGGGUUAUGGGUGAGGAAAUAUUUUUGGCAGAAGGAAAGAGGCUCUUUUGUUGGAACUUGAAGGGGAAGGUGGAGGCAAAAGGGUGAGCUUCUUUUAUUCUUGAAAGCAUAUGCAGGGAAAAGGUUUUGGUCACUGGGCGUAAAACUGAGGCAAAUGUUUGUAUCUGAACUUUAUAUCAACUUGAUUUAGAAACUGUCUACCUCUACAGAUUUGUAUUGAAAAAGAUGAGUAUUCAAUUCAGACAUAAUGCAAAGCUUUGCUCUUCACAACAAGGAUUUAUUUCUUAAUAUACCCUUCUGAUUUGAUGACUCAGACAGUAAUGUGUGAACCUGGUGACUAAAAAGGUGUUUCUUUUUGCCAUUAAUUCUCAAAAUCACAGUAACAGUAUUCCAUAAAAACCUCUUGUGCUGCUGUUUUGAGGCUGGAAGAAUCUGACGCGAGUUCAGUAUCAGGGGGAUGACGUUGCUUGUCGUUAGACAGCAAAGGCAACAUGCGAAUCCAAUGAGCUCAAGGUUUAAACUUUGUAUUACAAGUAAGUGCUGCAGAAUGUACACUUUGUAUAGAGACUUCUAGCAUUACCAGAAAUAAACACUGCUACUCUAGUAUUAUCACAGAUUUCUACUGAUUGAUACAGAGUACACACCUAUCAAUGCAAAUUUUAAGAAAUGUAGUUUUUAAGAAAUUGUUGUUCAAGUUUUUAAAAGUUUGAUGAGAGUUUUUUCCAUUUGUAGUUGAUGUCAUCAAGCUUGUCUCUUCCUGAAUUAUGCUACUGACAAAUCCAGUCAAUUAGUAUUUUAUCCAUUAGAAGCCAAAGUUAUUAAUCCAGUUAAUAUGACAUAGUUGCUGUGCCAUGCCACACAAAAAAAAAAAAAAAUUGCACUGUGACAACACAACACUCAUGCACAAAUACUUAGGCUGUGUGUGGUAUAUAUAUAUAUAUCUUUGUAUAUAUUCACACACUGAUAUGCUGCCAUUUUCAUGAGUAUCCUAUAGCAAGGUGAUCUAGCUUUAAAUUCAACGGGAAAGUGCCUCGUGUAGUUCUGGAAUAAGGAGCAAAGUCUCUCCGAAGACAUUUUAUGUGAUGUCUUGGUAGCUACAGUAUAAGACUCUUUGUGUGUAGGAUUCGAUUUCUCUCUUUCUUUAAAUCGUCACUGAUCUUUGUUGGUUCUAUGAACUUUUGUUAGUGUUGGGAGUUGAACCCAUUAGAUAGCUAUUCAUUGUUUCAUCUGUAGCUGUACUGCUCUGUGAUCAGAGAUUCAUAUCAUUAGCAUAGACUGUAAUAAAAAGCAAUUUAGUUAAAAAGAUUUACCAAUUGACAGACUUGAAGCAAGUGGCUCUAUCAAGCGACACAGAUAUGUUUCAUAUUCCAGAAUUGGGCACGUAUGAGGUGUUUAGGGUUAGCUGAACUUCCCUGGCAAGAGUUCAUGUUAGUCAUAACUCAAGGCAGUAAACAUGUUUAAAAGUUUACAACUAUUUUCUAAUGACCACAGGAUUCAGGGUACACCCCGUGCAGAUGAGGAACUAAGGGAACGUCUGCGGUGACCUUGUCUCUUGUUGCCCUUCUAUCACGAAUGAAACACGAAGAGAGUAUUGCUGUUUUUUUUGGGGGGAUAUAUGGAAGUGACAUGAAGAAACCAUUUUCCCAGGAAUACUUUGUAUACUUUGUUCUCUGGCAAGAAAAGGCAAGCAUUGUACUUUUGUACUAAGAAGUAUUUGCUUGAUGGGAAAGAAAGUCAGUGUUAUGCGACUGUUGGGACAUGUGAACUUUAGGUUAAGCCAAUUUUUACAGGUGGUGUAGUCUUUAAAUUUUUUUAUAUACCUUUAGAGAAAAGAGCAGAUCAAUAAACAUGUGAAUAUUCAAUUGCUUGUACUUUAGGUUGAUGUAGUAGAUCAGACGUGCAUCUUUUCGUAUAAAAAAGUUGAGAAAAAACAAGUUUUGGUAAGUUUUAUCACUUGUGUCAUUUAAUGUUUUAUAUAGCAUUUAGCCUCUUCAAAUGCUAAAGCUUUGUAAUGAUAACUAUGUAUAAUGCAUUUGAAAAUGAGCCAGUAGUUUUUUUUUUUUAUUAAUUAUUAUCAUUAUUAUUUACUUAUAGUGUAUGUCAUUUUUAAUGUCAGAAAAUGUGGAUUUCAAGAAUUCCUUUACCCAAUUUUUUUUCACUUUAAUAUUUUUUUUUUUUUUUUUUUAUUCUUUCAUUAAAGUUGAAGGCUGUAAUUAUAACUUGCCUUCACAUAACCCAAAUUUUUUAGAUAAAUUCAUGCAGUAUGGAGUGACACUUAAAAAAAGAAGAUUUGGAUGUGUGUUUGUUAAUCAUAGUUGUCCAGAGUUGAAUGCCUUUGUUUCCUUAUUGAUUUCUUGUGUGUGAGUUUGAGAUUAUUUUGUGGUAAAAUAAUUUUUUUCUUUUUUGUAACUACUUAAAGAAGACACUGGUACAAGAUGUAGAAUGAGUAAAAGUUAACAUUGCUGUUAUUCAAAAUAUUUCAGACUGCUUAACUCUAUACAAAGAACGAAUGAAUGUGAUUUAUCUUUUAUUCUCAUGUAUUUUUUUUUUUUUUUUUUUUUUUUUUUUUUUUUUCAUUUUUUCAUUAUUGUAUGUUAUAGAUAUGGAGGAGGGGAAUGUAUUGACUAUCAUUAUUGUUAUUAUUUUUACUGUAAUUAUUUUUUUUAUUACAAAUAAUAUUUGUAUAUGUACAUACUCUAUUUUUUUUUUUUUUUUUUUUCGUACGUGUGUAUAAAUAUGCAUUCUCUAUCUCAAUAUUUUGGGUGAGGACACAAGACCGAUGUUAAAUGUUAACAAGUAUGUUAUCAUCUCUUGUUAUGUGACUUUGUACUUCCAAAGCCUUAAUAUCCGAGGGGACUGUAGUGUUAAGGCACCAAUGGUUCUGCACAGUCGCCUGAGAUAUUGAGGGCUUGGGUUCGUCUUUAACGAUAGAGAAAAUGGAAUAUAUAAGGGAAAAAAAAAAAGACAUUGUAAGACCAACAGAUCUGUGACUCCCCCACCCCCACCCCCACCCUCUCUCCUUUCCCUUUACCCUCACCCCCCUUGUCUCCCCCCCUCCUCUUUAGACUUGUGAAAUGCUGUAACAUUGUUGAUUGUUUAGCCUUAGGAUUUUCACAGGCUUUAUCAAAAAACAAAAACAAAAACAAACUUAAAAAAAAAAAAAAAUCAAAAAAAGAAAAAGGAGAAAAAAAAGGUUAUAUAUAUAAAAAAAAAAGGAGAUUAAUACAAUGAACUUGUAAAACUGCUGCUAUUUUUCUAGAUAUCUAAUUCUCAAUUGAAUACCAAAAGUGAGAGGUACGUUU